GCUUGGCCCUACGCACUUUGCGUAGCGAGGGGGGUUACCAAAGGCCUGGUGCUUGGCCUUUGGCAAGCCCGGCCUAUCCCCUGUAGGGGGUUGGAUGAGGGGCUAGGCGGAGGAAGUAGAAAAGGGGAAUUGGGGCGGUGGAGGGGAUUAUAAUUUCUUUAAAAAGGGGGGUGAGGAGAAGCCAUGGCCGUCCCAGCCAAGAAGAGGAAGAUGAACUUCUCUGAGCGAGAGGUGGAGAUCAUCGUGGAGGAGCUGGAACUGAAGAAGCACCUGCUGGUGAACCACUUCAACGCCGGAGUCCCUCUGGCUGCCAAGAGCGCGGCCUGGCAUGGCAUCCUGAGAAGGGUAAACGCUGUGGCCACCUGCCGCAGGGAGCUGCCUGAGGUCAAGAAGAAAUGGUCUGACCUCAAGACUGAGGUCCGUCGCAAGGUUGCCCAAGUUCGGGCAGCCGUGGAGGGUGGCGAAGUCCCAGGGCCCACUGAGGAAGAUGGAGCUGGUGGACCAGGGUCAGGUGGUAACAGUGGUGGCGGUGGCCCAGCUGUAGCCCCCGUACUGCUCACCCCCAUGCAACAGCGCAUCUGCAACCUCCUGGGCGAGGCCACCAUCAUCAGCCUGCCCAGUACCACAGAGAUCCACCCUGUGGCCCUCGGACCCACAGCCACUGCAGCCGCAGCCACGGUCACCCUGACACAGAUCCCCACAGAGACCGCCUACCACACACUGGAGGAGGGGGUGGUAGAGUACUGCACGGCAGAGGCCCCCCCGCCCCUGCCAGCUGAGGCCCCUGUGGAGAUGAUGGCCCAGCAUGCUGACCCCUCAGUCAAGCCACAGGCACUCAAGAGUCGAAUCGCCCUCAACUCGGCCAAGCUGAUCCAGGAGCAGCGGGUCACCAAUCUGCACGUGAAGGAGAUCGCCCAGCACCUGGAGCAGCAGAAUGACCUGCUGCAAAUGAUCCGCCGCUCCCAGGAGGUGCAGGCCUGUGCCCAGGAGCGCCAGGCUCAGGCCAUGGAGGGCACCCAGGCGGCCCUGAGUGUCCUCAUCCAGGUCCUCCGGCCCAUGAUCAAAGAUUUCCGCCGCUACCUGCAGAACAACACGCCCAACCCUGCCCCCGCCUCUGACCCUGGACAGGUGGCCCAGAAUGGGCAGCCGGACAGCAUCAUCCAGUGAGGGCAGGGGUCGACCCAGCCUUCUGCUGUGAUUGGAUGACACUGCGGUGGUCUCGUAAGUGGGUUCAGUGACUGGUCUUUGGCUAGGGCCAGCCACGUGGACAGCUCCCUCUUUAGUGGACAUUUAGGGGGUCCACUAUUUCUGAGAAAAGGAGACUGGGAAGAGGAGUUGUUUGGGGUCCUGGGACCCAACCUCUCUUACCCCCACCGCUUAAGCUGCCUUGUUAAGGACCUGAAGACUGGUUAGCUGGGGGUCAGGUGCUGCUGAUGGGACACGUGUUGUCAUGAGCCAGGGCUUGUGACAUGACCCAAACUCUGUCUAGGACCAUUGUAAGAAAGGCUCUCACUGGGGGUUGUCAUACAGCCGGGGGUCUGUGCUGAAAUGCCCCCACGCGCAGGUGCCAUCCUUUUGAGUAAGAGAUCAUCAGUGGUGCUGGAAUGCACAGUAAUAUUUUCGUCUUCCCUUGGGAGGCAGAGUGACUGGGCCUGAGGAGGAAGCCCCACCCCUUUCUCCUCACUGCACCUCAGUUCUCAGGGGACUCUAUUUAAUGCCAUGCUCUCCCCCCAGUCACUCCACCCUGUAUACAGCAGGGGCCCUUGUUAGUGCCCUGAGCUGCCUCUGCGUUAUACCCAGGAUGUGGCCCUCCGGGCUCAGGAAUGCUGUGCGUGGUGGGGACAGCUUGGCCACCAUCUGGUCUUCCACUGCAACCCCGGGCAGCCCUUUAGUGGUUUGUCCCAACCCCUUUGACUCAGGUCAAAUAUUAGGAUUUGGGUGCUGUAUAUUUUAGAGAAAGCAAACCAGUGUGGAAACUUGUUGCCCCACGGCAGUGGGUCUGCGGUGACCUGUUGGCUCCUUUAGACCUGCUUCAAGCCAGUUGUAUUUAUUCUGUCCAUGAACCCCUUCUGGGAAGGCCUCCAGGAUCUCCAAGGGCUGCUCUGGUCAUUCCCUUCCUCCUUUCCUCUCUACUGACUGCACGCUUCCAAAAUUCAGUGCAAAAAAAAAAGCCUACUCAGUGUCCUGGACUCCAUUCACACAUUAUCCAGAGCCUCGAGUUCUUUCGAGACCCCUCACUGGCUGGCUAGAUGAAUCCACAGGCCUGACUGGCCCUGAAUGUAUGAGGUGGGAGCGUCACCCACCUAAGGAGGGGAACUUUUGAUUUCUGUGCUGGGGAAGAGCAGACAGACCCGGAGUCCUGAAAGAGGUGGUGGUUCCCUGCUCCAUCUUAAUGCUUUUUCUUGUUUGUAGGGAGUUUACCCAGAUAGCAUUUGUCUGUUUCGUUUUCAGAAUGAAAUCGAUUGAAUCGAUUACCGAGACCCUUGCAUCUUCCCAGGUCAUUUCCCAAGUUUGCCAUCUUACUGCCGGUGCCUUGACCACACGUGACUGAUGGUACAACUCAAGGCUCCAGAUCUCAGCUAAACAAUGAAGGUGCUGCCCUUCUGGGCACAGACGUUCAGAAUUGCUCAGCUCCACUGUUGCAGUCACGGGAAGGUGCCCCAAAGAUGGCUGGGAGGUGACUGCCGUGCCAUCAACCUCUCUGUGGAGGACAUGUGCAGGGCCCGCUACAGAGCAAUGGAGAGGACUCAGGCCUGGGAGGGAGUUGGGUGGUGGGGGGAAAGCUGUUCUCAGCGUGGCUGGAAAGCAGCAGCCCCUGGCAACCUGGGUGCCCUCCUGCAGUGGAGCCCGAUGGCCCCAGCAGGGUAGCUGCAGGGACGUCCUGAGGAUUUUUGAUUUGGUUUGGUUUUUCUCUAGGGUUGGUAAUCUGAGCCAAUAUUGUGUCUGUCCCAAUUGGUUGUAAAAAGGAAACCUGGAUACUUAAACUGACUGGUUCUUUCCAGGUCACAAUUUUAAAUUAAAGAAAUAUCACUUUUUUAAUACCCAUGUCUGUGCCUUUAUAGGUUAUAUAUAGAAGAGAUAUGUCAGGAAUUUCUCCAAGAAGAGAUUCUCAUUUAAGAUUGGCCUUCAUUCUGGGAGGGAUCACUGCCUUCCUGGACGUAGUUAUCACUCUCUCCAAUAUUUAGUAAUAAUAAAAACUGACAAUUAUCCAGCCCCUGCUCUGUCCAGGCCUUAUAAGCAUUACCUCAUUGACUCCUUGCAACAGCCCCGUGAAUUACAUACUAAUAUUGUUCUCAGUUUGCAGAAGACAACACUAAGGAUCAGAGAGGUUAAAC